CUUUAAUCGAUAAAGAUGUAAUUGUUAUCGAAAGUGCUCUAGUUUUUGUGGUAUUUUCUCAUGAAUAUCAGAACGUUUGAUAGGAUUUGUUUGUGUUUUUAUUUACAAUGUCCACUUCCGAAUAUUUCCAGUAUUUUGUCUGUUCCAGAGCACUUUAAAGGACAACUUGAGAAUUUUUUCUGAAGAUCAAAUCUUACACGGAGUUAAAAAAGAAACUCACAUAAUGGCACAUAGCGAAACUAAUUUUAAAAGUUUCAAAUGGUCCAAAAACACAACGUCAUUGCUUAUUUCUUUGAUAAACAAAAAUUACCACCAAUUACAAAGUGGCGUAAAGAAAUUUACUUUCCAACAAAUCGCACAGGAAAUUAAUAAUCGAAUUGGGACAAGUUUGGCUUAUGACCAAGUUGAAUCAAAAUGGAAAGGGCUGAAGAGAACAUACCUAAAGAUGGAAAAUUCGGAGACAAAAUUAAGUUGGGAGUUUUAUGACCAAAUUCACGAAAUUCUUAAAGAUGAUAUAGAGAUAAAACCUUCAGUCACUGCAAAUUCUAAUGAGGUGUUUACUACGGGUUGUGAAACCGAGUUUGAUUUCGUUGAAUAUACGAUAGAGCCGGAGAUAUCAACUUUUCGACAAACCCGUAAAAGGCUUCGAAGUGAUAGUGAUGAAAAGUAUAGUAGUGCGGAGGAUGUUAGUGCUGGAACUCGUAAUCGUAACCGAAUCGGUAUUGAAAGCCGAAAAAGUAAGGUAUUUCGGAAGGAAUACGAUAAAGAAGGCAAUGACGCAAGAGCGAGGUCUAGAAUUGCUGAUAAAGAUCGAUGUAGUAAAGAAUGUCGAAGUCGGCGAAUAAGUGAUGAUGAUCGAAAUUAUUACGAAUGCAGAGGAUGUCAAAGAUCUUAUAGUUGCUGCGAAAGUUUGGAGGACGCAAGAGAAAGACGGCACCAAGAAAAGAUGAAAAUGGCAAAAAAGUUUCUUGCAAUUUUUGAGAAAAUGGUAGAUAGAAUGUAAUACAUACCUACAACAUUAACCACAUACUGUUUUUAAUCAUAGAAUAAUUGUAUACUAUUUUCUAAUGUGAUUUUUAUUCAUAUAAUAAAUUCAUUAGUAAGUCUCUUUUA